CGAGAACAGCCCACACCGCACAAGGUAUCCGGCUGUAUUUCUUACAAGUUGAACAGAACGCAGCAAUGAGUCUCAGCGCGAGUGACAAAAUCGUUGUGAAGGGCCUCUGGAGCAAAAUAAAACCGAAGGCUGAUGAAAUCGGCGGUGAAGCGCUGGGCAGGAUGCUGAUGGUCUACCCCCAGACCAAAGCCUACUUCUCCCACUGGAGCACCACUGCCCCCGGCUCUGAGCCGGUCAAGAAGCAAGGCGCCAUAAUCUUCGGAGCCGUCGCCGACGCCGUCGAAAAGAUUGAUGAUUUGACAGCUGCAAUGGGCAACCUCAGUGAACUGCACGCAUUCAAACUCCGCGUGGACCCUUCCAACUUCAAGUACAUGGCCCAUUGUGUCAUGGUGUGCAUUUGCCUGGCUUUUCCCAAAGAUUUCACACCCGAGGUGCAACUCUGUGUGGAUAAAUUCUUCCAGGUCUUCGCUGUUGCUCUUUCCGAAAGAUACCGCUAAAUGUGUUUAUGUCGACAGCUCAUUUCCUUGAAUGAAACAACCAGUCAAUAAAUAAAAAUGACAUUA